UUUUACCUAACUUUGUUGCCGGUGAUGAUGAUUCAAUGAAGGUUGUUAGACGCAACGUGUCGUAUAAAAAAUGGUUAAUCUUGGCGGUUCAGUGUUUUUUGACUUGGAUCGUACGGUCUCUCUCUCUCGCGCGCUCUCUCUCUCUCUCGAAUGAUCCACCGAUUGGAUCGCACUCACUCUCUCUCUAGAUAGAUGGAGAAGCAAUCGAAGGAGAAGAUGGAAUUGGUACGGCAAUUAAUGGAGGAACGAAGAGCGGAAGAAGUGACUUCAUCAUCGGACGAGAGCCAUUUCGGCGGUGAUGAGCGUCACCUCGUGCUCUCUGGAUUGCUCUCUCAGUUGGAGACAUUAAAUGGGGAGGGCAAACUUCAGCAACCUGAAUCACCAGUUGAUCCAAAGAAGGGAAAGAGUGAGAUUGCCAUGGACGCGGAGGCUAGUGGUUGCGAUGACAGUGGAAGUGAAGAGAUAAUCAGAGAGCUUAAGAAGAUUCAGAAACAGAACUGUAUAACCCACUGCCUUCUCUCAGUCAUGAUUGCCCUUACUGUGGCGUGGCAAGUAUCCGAGUUCACUCUUGUUUUCAAAGUGAAAAAUGGACUGAGUCAACCAUUCAAAUGCAUUGGUAGUUUGUUGACAGGGAUGAUAAAAGGCCCUAUGGAAAAUCCCCAGAUUGCGGAUGAAGUGUCCUGUGCGAAGCAACAGCAGAUUGAAUGCCCUUCAAUCCCUCUCAAAAUUCCAGAGCUUCCCAAUUUUGAUUUUCAAUUGGCUUUGGACAGUGACAAGCACUGAGAUACUCUCAGGUUAGUGUGUUCGAACCUAUUAUGCAUGCAGUGUUUGGUUUUAUUUGAUUUGUAACAGUUGAAGCGCCAAAGGAUGUAUUGGAAAACCCAUCUCCUCUUGUCAAUUUCCUGGUUUCCAUAAUGUUGAUGAACGCUGUACAGUAGAAAAUGUGGAAGGAGCCAUUUUCAAGGAAAUCCACUGUAGAAGAAAUGGUGUUUGUUUAAGCAA